CCGUAAACAGUUAAAGUGCCACAGCCCACCUCGAUUAUGCUGCACGGUGCAGCAGACUACAGAAGGCAACACUUUCCAGAGCAAAGAGGUUUGACUUUACAAAUAGUCCAAAUCCCCCUCAUGCUACAGAGCAUACUUUGCACUCUCUUCAACCACUCGUUUAUCUAGCAUUCGCCCCAACAUGUCAAUCAAAUCCCAGGCAAUUUGGGCGGCGUCGCCUAGCACAACACGCGGACAGCCGACACCGCUGUCUUCAGAUGCGAAGGGCGAGCGCAUAGCAUAUGCUUCUAACAAAUCCAUCUUUCUCCGGUCGAUCGACAAUCCCGCAGUGUCGACUCAAUACACCUCGCACACUACCCAAACCACAGUAGCGCGGUUCUCACCUUCGGGAUACUAUGUUGCAUCAGGCGACGUCUCGGGAAUGGUCCGCGUAUGGGAUGCUGUGGGCGAAGACAUGAUCACCAAGGGUGAAUAUGGCAUCAUCGCGGGCCGUAUAAACGACAUAGCGUGGGACGGCGACUCACAGCGUAUCAUUGCCGUAGGAGAGGGCAAGGAGCGGAUGGGGCAUUGCAUCACUUGGGACAGCGGCAACAGCGUUGGCGAAAUAUCUGGCCAUUCAAGUCAAAUCAACUGCGUGAGCAUCAGGCAACAGCGGCCGUUGCGCGCGGCUACCGGAAGUGAUGACACCCAGCUUUGCUUCUUCCACGGCGCCCCGUUCAAAUUCAAUACGAGCAACCGUGGGCAGCAUGAUCGGUUCGUGUUUGGGACACAAUUCAGCCCAGAUGGAAGUACCUUGGUCAGCGUUGGUGCAGACAAGAAGAUAUGGUUGUAUGACGGAAAGACUGGAGAGCCCAAGACGCAGAUUGGACAAAAUGUGCACACAGGCAGUAUAUUUGGUGUCAGUUUCGCCAAAGAUUCAAAAAGAUUUGUCACGGCGAGCGCAGACCAGACCGUGAGAGUCUGGGACAUUGAGACUGGGAAAAACACGCAAACUUGGCGUAUGGGCGAGGAAGGCGUGGUGAGUGUACCGGAUCAACAAGUUGGUGUAGUCUGGCCUGCCGGCAGAAGUGACGGUCUGAUCAUCUCCGUUGAUCUUGACGGAAACCUAAACUAUCUCGUGGAGGGAAGUACAAAGCCUACGAGGGUGAUCACAGGCCAUCAGAAGAGCAUCACGGCAGCUGCCAUUUCAGACAAAACUUUCUAUACCGGAAGCUUCGAAGGACGAGUAUGUGCAUGGGAUCUGGCAACCGGUACUGCAGAAAAGAUCGACGGCGAUACACACACAAAUUACGUCUCUGGCAUUACGUCGGACCCAAAGCAGGACCGUGUGUACUCUGUUGGCUGGGACGACACGCUUCGAUGCAUCUCAGCGAAAACCUUUGUCGCUGGUGUCGGCUCCAUUGGAGGUCAACCUAAAGGGGUUGCAUCCGCAAAAGGCUACACCUACACCGCGACCCGUGAAGCAAUUGUCGUUUUUAAAGACAAUGAAAAGGUCUCCAGUUUCCCCUCGCAUGGCGCCACCGCAAUCGCGGCCAUCAAUGAUACAUUAGCCGUCGGCCACGAUGACAAGUCCGUGCGCAUAUUCUCGCUCUCGUCUCCAGAGCAGCCAUCCCCCGUUGACAAGGAUCUGCGAAAGCCCACCGCCGCGAUAUCCACGCUCUCCUUCUCGCCAAAUGGCACGUACCUGGCAGCCGGUGUGUCAAACGGUAAGAUCAUCGUGUACAAAACGGCGGAUUGGAGUGUAGCCACCGACCGCUGGUCUGCUCAUACUGGCAGGGUAACCAGUAUUGCAUGGGAUGCAAAGGAGGAGAACGCUGUCAGCGGUAGCUUGGAUACGAAUGUGUUUGUGUGGAGCUUGAAGGACCCCGGGCGUAGAGUGAAGGCACUCAAUGCACACAAGGAUGGGGUCAAUGGAGUUGGCUGGCCGGAGCCGGGGAAAGUGGUUACGACGGGCGGAGAUGCCAGUGUAAAGAUUUGGAAAGUCGAUGUUUGAGUUGCGACGGUUCGAAGUUAGUUGGACUCUUCUGCUAGCGUUGAAAGCAUGGAAUAGAACACCCAGUGCAUGAUGGCGAGUCUACCCAUAAUCCAAGUGACUCAACAUACUUAAUCUGUAUGCUCUAAACGAAAUCCGAAGUACGCCGUAUCAUGCCCUAAAAUCACAUACUCGUACAUAGACGCAGG